AGGUGGUCGGCCGACAGGCGAGCAGGCGCACUCUGAUCCAUAGAUCCAUGGAGAGAUGGAUUGACAUUGAUUGACACAGUUCAUAGACACAUGUCAGGUGUGUGUGUGUGUGUGUGUUGUGGUUGCGGCUGGCUUACGUCGAGUGUGUCGAUUUCCUUGGCGAUUUGUUUUAUCUCUUUGUUGAUUUGGUGUCUCUUCUCGGCGAGUUCCGCCCUGACGGCUGCCACCUCCCUCUCUGUCUCGACGGCCUCCUUGCGCAGCUUGAGCUGACCCUCCAGCUUUGCACUCUCCCUGGUGCCCUCGGCCGCCGCCAACUCGCGCUGAUCCACCGAUCCAUCCAAUCAGAACACACACACACAGAGAGGGAUUGGCUGCAGAAGUAUAUGGAGUGGCGUACGUUGAGGAGUUCCUUCUGUUUGUUGACGGCCGUCUCCUGUUGGAUGACGUCCGUGUCGGCCGCCACACCCACACGCUCGCCAGACACACGAGCCUGGUCAGACAAACACACACACACCACACUGAUCCAUGUGUGUGCGCCCAUCCCGUCUGUGUGUGUGUCGAUUUGUGUGCCUGGAGCUGUUUGAGUUGGUCGUGCAUGGCCUUCUCGUCGGCGACCACCUGCACCGACUUGGCCACCAGACUGACCAGCGCCGCCUGCUGCUCGCGGAUCUCGUCGGCAUCGAUCAGCUCGCCGCUCUCCAUGGCUUUGCCCAGCUCGUGGGCGCCGAUCGAGGCCGACCGCAGCAGCCGACUCGACGCCAGCAGCCCCGCACUCUCCAGCUCGCUCGACGCCCGCAACAAGUCACGAGCCACCUCGUGCUGACCGACACACAUGGAUGUCGGUGCCUUGUGUUGUUGUGGUGCCUCCCUCCCUCCCUCCCUCCCUGUCUGUCUGCCUGUCUGUCUGCCUGUCUGUCUGUCUCACUGCUCACUUGUAUCUCUCCGGCCUUUCUGGGUUUGCCUUGCGCGACAAGCGAGUCGACGGCCGACUGGACGAGCGAGGCGGCCUGUCGGUGGUAGGCGGCGGCCGUGACGUGGUCGCCAAGGUGAGAGGCGUGUGUGGCCUUGAUUGACAGGGAAAUGGCGUCGAGGGCGAGUGUGGGGCCGACCGCCGCCGACGAGAGCACCGGGGCGGCCUCGAGCAGACGCGCCGACAUCUCACUGUACGUCGCCGCAUCUGUUUGUAUGUGUUUGUGUGAACACACACACACAGAGAGAGGGUGGAGGGAGGUGGCCAGUGUGUCUGUCUCUUGUGUUGUGUUGUGUGCCUGAUGUCUGUGUGUGGGCGCUGUCGGGGUCGUCGACGGCCGCGAAGCGCGAAGCCAACAUGUCACACAAUGACGACGCCUCUAUGGAUGGAAAGGAGACACACACACACACACACAUAGAGAGAGAGAGAGAUCGACAGCUCUGUGUGUGUGUCUCUAUUGUGUGUGUGUGUGUGUGUGUGUGACCUUUGAAGACGGCGGCGGCGUCGGUGGCGCUUCGCUCCUUCACGUAGAGCAGGGCGGCGUGGUUCAGAUGAUACCUGACACACAAUGCAAUCACACGACAGCCAUCAGACAGAUGGACAAUGAGUGUCCCUCUCUCUCUGUUCAUCUGUGUCAUGACUGACACACCAACUUACUUGGCGUGGAGGUCUUCGUCGAUGGCGGCUUGCAGGUCGCCGGCCGCGGCCAUGUCGUCGGCCUGUCUGGCGAGUUGGAAUGCCUUUGCCAGCGCCACCUCGGGCACAUCGCCGCUGUCGUAUGCGUUGGCCUUUCGCUGUGCCGCGGCGGCCUUGUUGCGGAAUGUGUGCGCGGCGGGUGCGUCGGUGCCGGCGGCCUCGUACGACUGGGCGAUGGCGAGGUAAUCGCUGACGGCCUGCCGCUGUGUCUUGGCGGCGGCCUGUGUGAGGCCGUCCAGCGCCUCCUGCACGGCGAUGGCCUCGCGCAAAGCACCCGCGUUGUCCAACGAUGACACACUCGACGGACCAUACCAUCUGAGAGGCAAAACCGACACAAAUGGCCGCUCCAU